AUGGCGCAGAGGCCGCUCAGCACCACAGCGGCAGAACGCAUGAACCUUGUGGCCCAGGACGAGAUCUGGAAAUACCGUCUGAAGGCUGAAUCUGAAGCACGGCAAAACUGGCCCGGUAACUGGGGUUUUUUAACAACCCCCUUCGAGGAGCUGAUCAAGUGUGAAGAAGAACCUUCCACCCCACGGCCCAGAAUUGAACUUCCUGAGCGUUUUCAUAUCCGGCCAGUGACCCCAGUGGAGAAAUACAUCAAGGUUCUUCCCUCUCCGCCAGUCCCACAGACGACCCAGGGCUUCAUCGGCUGGAGGUCCGGGGUGCCAGGCCUGAACAAGUGUCUGGAGUUUGACGAAAUCAGAAGCUGCAAAGGGGCGUUUGCCCGAGAGCUGCACUGGCCCAAGCAGGGGGUACACUGAGUCCACACUGUACCCCUGUCCAGGCCCAGGCCAGGAAAGGAAGACUGCCACCACCAUAUCCCUGAGGACAGUCUCCUGCCGACUUGCUCACAGAUUUUGCAAAAACCACAAAGUAUGCCUUAGACAGCCUUGGUUCAGCAGCGCCUGCCUUCCAGAAUGUUCACCUGCACGCCCAUGCUUAGAUAAUGUAAUCUGUAAGGCAAAGUAGAUUCUCUCUCUCUGUCUUUUUUUUUUUUUUUUUUGAUACUUUGGGAAUUUCUAAAUAUGGCUUUAAAAAAAUAGUGAG